UCUCAGAGAGAGAGAGAGAUAUGGGUUGUAGUGGGGUUCUAGUGAGGGUGGGUUUGGGGGUGGUGGCGCUUUGCAUUGCAGGUUACAUAGCGGGUCCCCCUCUCUAUUGGCACCUCAUCGAAGCGGCGAAGUACUCUUCUUCUGGUUGCGGUCCUUGCCUCUGUGAUUGUUCUUCACAACCCAUGAUUUUGAUGCCCCAAGGGCUUAGCAACACUUCAUUCGGAGAUUGUGCAAAGCACAACCCAGAGGUGAAUGGGGACACUGAAAAGGACUUUGUGGAGCUAUUGUCAGAAGAACUAGAGCUACGAGAAACUGAAGCUUCGAAAAUUCAACAACGUGCUGGCAUGGCUCUGCUUGAGGCUAAGAAGAUUGCUUCUCAGUAUCAAAAGGAAGCAGAUAAGUGUAAUUCAGGGAUGGAGACAUGUGAGGAGGCAAGGCAAAAGGCUGAAAUGGUAUUAGUGGCUCAGAAGAAGUUGACUACAUUGUGGGAACUGAGAGCUCGUCAGAAAGGAUGGAAAGAAGGGGUUGCCAAAUCUCAUACUACUGCUUAGUCUUAGACAUGGUAUUGCCUCCGUAGUGUUCAUGAAAAAUC